AUGAACCCCGGCUUCUCAGGCUUCGAGACGAAGUCGUACCCUCAACUGGACGACGAGCCGGAGCUAGUUACCUGGUUACUAGACACGCGGACACUAUGGCCAGGCGACAACAUCUGGACGGCUAAGGGUGCCGCGUACGCAAUGGGCUUGAUCAGCUUAGAGGAGCAGAAUGCUAUCGCGUCGAAGAUGUUUAUCGCGGACGCAAGGAUGAGCUUGGGGAGUGCGUUGCUAAAACGACUCUUCAUCAGCAAAGCUUUAGGCAUUUCGUGGACGGAGGUCAGGUUAGCGAGGAAAGGCAACGAGAAGCACGGAAAGCCAUGCGCCGUUGACAACUACGGACGACCUAUCAGCGGCAUCGACUUCAAUGUAUCACAUCAGAACGGUCUCGUCUCAUUAAUAGGCUGGGACGGCUGCGACGACGUGAUGGUUGGUACCGACAUCGUCUGCGUCAACGAGCGGGAGACUGCACGACAGACGAUCGAUGAGGAAGGCUUUGACGGGUGGGUUGACAUUUACGAUGCCGUGUUCUCGCUCGAGGAGCGCUGGAGCAUGAAGUACGACGUCGAUGCCGUCACAUUACUGGAUGGAACAAGACUAAGCGCACAUGAGAUUGGUCGCAACGAUCGGUGCAUACAACCUAACCAAGAACUCACCUGCACCAAGAAGACGGGCGAGGAGAUCACCUUCUCCUCGGAACUACUCAUCGACGCCAAGCUACGGAGAUUCUACACCUACUUCACGCUCAAGGAGGCUUACAUCAAGCUGGCUGGCGAGGGUCUUCUCGCACCUUGGUUAAAGCAGCUCGAGUUCUUCAACGUGCGCUCGCCACGACCCGGUACCGUCGCACGCUGCUCUACCCACGGCACCUGGGGUGAGGAAGUUGACGACGCGGAAGUCAAGCUCCAUGGCCGUCACGUAAACGACGUCAAGAUGAAGGUGCAAGCGUUCGAGGAAGACUUCAUGAUCAGCUGCGCCAUCCAAGGUAACAUUCAAGGCUUGAAGAUCCCGGCUUUCCAGAAACUACAUCUGGACAAGGACGUGCUCAACAUUGCGCGCGACACGCUUGAGCGCAAAGACUCGUUCAUGUCGCCCGCAGAAGCCAUCGAGCAAGACCUCAAUAAGGGCAACGACAAGUCACCGAACAAAGACACAAGCGACAUUGACUACUUCCGUUCAGUCGCCGACGUCGAGUCGCUACUGUCGCCGUGGGAGUCGCGAUACUGGUGA